UGGACCUCAAAAGACAUGAGUGGCCUGCUUCUUGUGCAGAGUACAUUUCCCUCCUGCAACGAGUUGGGAUAACCUACAGUAGCUCUACGCCUUGAAGCAGGUCUCGAGUUCGAGUCUGGUUAGCUCAAUCUGAGAGGCUCAGAUUUUCAAGAUGGUUUCUGAAAAUGAAAAUGGAAAUCCCGAGAGCUCAUUUAAUGUGACACGGGAUGGUUUAAAUGGAAAUAGAGAAACAGAAAAGAAAGAAGGAAAGAAUUAUGAAGAUUGGCUUCCAAUCACAUCAUCUCGUAAUGCAAAAUGGUGGUACGCAGCAUUUCACAAUGUCACUGCUAUGGUCGGUGCUGGAGUCCUCAGCUUACCCAAUGCAGUAUCGCACUUGGGAUGGGGUCCAGGAGUUCUUGUGCUUGUUCUAUCUUGGAUGAUUACCCUAUACACACUCUGGCAGAUGGUUGAAAUGCAUGAAAUGAUUCCAGGAAAACGUUUUGAUCGAUAUCACGAACUAGGACAGCAUGCUUUUGGAGAAAAGCUUGGUUUAUGGAUAGUUGUUCCACAGCAAUUGAUAGUAGAAGUCGGAGUAGAUAUAGUGUAUAUGGUUACUGGGGGGACAUCUCUGAAGAGGUUUCACGAACUUGUUUGUACAGGUUGCAAGAAGAUUAAAUUGUCUUACUUCAUUGCAAUUUUUGGUUCAGUUCACUUUGUUCUGGCACAGCUGCCCAAUUUUAAUUCAGUGGCUGGAAUUUCCCUGGCUGCAGCAGUAAUGUCCCUCAGCUAUUCCACAAUUGCUUGGGGAGCCUGUGUCCAUGAGGGGCAACAACCCGAGGUGCACUAUGGUAUAAAAAGCUCAUCCACUGCAGAUGCAGUGUUUAAUGUGUUUAAUGCUCUGGGAAACGUGGCCUUUGCUUAUGCUGGGCACAAUGUGGUCCUAGAGAUCCAAGCUACUAUACCAUCCAAACCAGAGAGACCAUCAAAGGUUCCUAUGUGGCGAGGAGUAGUUGUUGCAUACAUCAUUGUUGCUGUCUGUUACUUCCCUGUAGCACUGGUCGGUUACUGGGCUUUUGGAAACGGUGUUGAAGACAAUAUUCUAAAAUCGAUUGGAAAACCCAAAUGGCUUAUUGCAACAGCAAACAUGAUGGUGGUGAUCCAUGUGAUUGGAAGCUAUCAGAUCUAUGCCAUGCCAGUAUUCGACAUGAUGGAAACGGCAUUGGUCACCAAACUUAACUUUACUCCAGGAAUGCGGCUACGUUUGAUUGUUCGCUCACUCUAUGUUGCGGCAACUUGCUUCGUUGGUAUUUCAAUUCCUUUCUUUGGGGGUCUACUUGGAUUCUUUGGAGGGUUUGCAUUUGCUCCAACAACCUACUUUCUUCCAUGCAUCAUGUGGCUUGCAAUAUACAAACCAAGAAGGUUUAGCUUUUCAUGGAUAGCGAAUUGGGUAUGUAUAGUUUUGGGAGUUAUACUCAUGAUAGUAUCAUCCAUAGGUGGUUUGAGGACAAUAAUAAAGGAAGCAUCAACAUACAAAUUCUAUUCAUAAAUUAUAUAGAGAGCUAUUGGUACCUUCCAUUACAUAAUAGCAAUCUUUAUUGUUAUCUAGGAUAUUUGUUCAUGCUUUUCUUGUACUUUUAUCUUUGCCCUGUGAUGUUUAAUUUGGUUUGUAUUCUACUACAAGUUGUUAUACCUACUUCACUCCUAGUUGGGAGUACAAUAAAAAUAUGUGUGGUCAUUUGAUCAAUACAAAAUGAAAGUGAUGUUAUGCUAA